AUGGUGCUGUGGGAGCUCACGGCCAUCACCGCCUACUUCCUCGGGCUCAGGCGCACCUACCGCCUCGCGCUCCGCAUCCAGCGCCGCCUCAUCCCGCCCAACCACCCCAGGAUCCGGGACUUCGUUUACAGGCGCACACAGGAUGUCUUCAAUAUUGCAGUGUCAGUGCACAAGAACAUUCAGCAGAGAGACAUAGAGGUUGGUCGUAACCUCGGAAAUGCAAUCCUUCGCUGGCUUGAUCGCAUGAAGCCAUCAGCAGAGAUCCGCCCCCGUCUUCCAGGCCCACCAAACGGCAGCUCUGAGCAGUACAGACAUGUUUCGAGCGCAAGCAGGAGCACGGGGGCACAGAAGACCGCCUCAAAAGCUUCACCCCACGAUUCGAGCGGAAAGAUGCUGUUCUCGCGCCUGAACAUUCGACCCAAGUCCUUCCCCGUCCUGCCCACGAUGACACAGCCCAACAGAAUCAGCGCGAGCAGCCAGUGCAGGCGCAUCUCCUACACCCCGUUCCGGUCGGUCACCGCGAAGAGGAAGAGUCUGAUGGAGGGCGUCUUCCGCAAGGACAUUGCGCAGCUGAUGGUGUAA